AUGAAGAUGGCUGUGGUGUUGGAAGAAUUUAUUGACUUCCUGAAUUCGGCUAGAACUGCAAACCGAGCGAAGAGUAAGUGCAAGCAGGGAAAAGGAGCGGGACAAGAAAAACGACGCGACCAAGUCAGAAAAGUCAGAGAGAAAAAUAGUCAGAGAGAAAGCAACCCAGAGUACCCGGGAUGUUCCACAGGGUUUGAUGUAAAUCUCUUCUCUUCGGGCGGUGUGUUUAUACCCUAA